GGUAUUCCAACUCUUAUUUGAGGAAUUCUAGUUUCACUACGUCCUUCUUUCCAUUUGAUUAAUACUUUGUCCAAAUUUACACCCAGUUAUUUCUUUGAACCAAAAUGAGUAGAGAGAGACAAGUUACAUUUCAUACAAUAUCAUAGAAAAUGUAUAAACUGCCGAUUAAUGUAAUAACUUAAAUAACAACCGAUACAGAUUGUCGUGUGUAUAUGGAACGUCAAUAUUUCUUGAAAACUUUAAUCUGAUUAUAGAAGUUGAAUCCUCCUUUUUCAUAGAAUCAUGACUGCUGUAAAAGUGCACGGUGGUAUCGACAUUUUAAGGCUGCCAGUAAACGAGGAAGAGCACAUUUGUCCUCCAUGGCGUAUCAAAUACACGCAAUCUCAUAUACUCCAUUCUAAGUGUUCAAAAAGUGAAAGUGGCUGUGGUUCCAAUCACGACACUGCCUGUCAGUUUUGCGUAUAUAACAAUGCAUUAGAAUUGCCACAUAUGCCAGAUAUGGUAUUUCCCAAUAAUGUAUUAACUCUGACGCAUCAGGAUGGAGCAUUACUGCAAUUCAAUGCUUUGGAUUCUUUAAAAUAUGUCUCCAAUGGAAAGAUUAAUGUACAGCUUGCUUGUGCAGAGGCAUGGAAAGAAUCCAGAUUGGAAAGUAGCGAAUAUUUGGAAGAGAAGAUAAAACCUUUUGAUUGGACAUUUACCACCAGUUAUACUGGUACAAUAUCAGGUUUUGAAGUUGAAGAAACAAAUGAGAGAAUUGAUAUGGAUAAAUUAAGGCAGAAGGAUAAGAUUAUGUUUUAUCAUGAUUUAACAUUGUUUGAAGACGAACUUCACGACAAUGGUAUUGCAGUAAAAAUUAUAUAGAAGAGAGUUAUGCCCACUAGUUUCUUUAUAUUAUUACGAUAUUUUCUGAGAAUUGAUAAUGUAAUGUUGAGAAUAAAUGAUACUCGUAUUUACCAUGAAUUUGGCAAAAAUUACUUAUUACGUGAAUUUACAUCACGGGAAGCUAAAGUUCAACAUAUACGAGUUUCCCCGGCACUCUUUUUGGAGCCAAGUGCAAUAGCGCCUCAUUUGCCAUUAAUUGGAAGCCGAUAUGACAAAUUGAUAAUAUCUGAAAAGAAAGAAGGACCCAAAUUAACUGAAGGUACAACUGGGCAGAAUAAAACUACGACUGAAGGACAAAUAACACAAUCUGAUGAACUCACGGCAGACAAUUCCAUCACAUAAGGCUUGUGUUAAAGUUUUUACAUUAUGUGUCAUUAUUUCCUUGAUGAACAUUAAUUAGGAACUCGCUGUACAGAUUAUUAAUUUUCAUUUUGAUCAUGUUAAAAUAUAUUAGACAUGUAUAAACUAAGAAAUUAAGAAAUGAAAACAUAGCAAGGAAGUUAUACCUUUGUUGGCAUUUUAUUUAAAAUCAAUCAAUGCCAAGAUUUGAUCAAGACUGAUCAAUUUUAAUUUGAUCAUCUUUCAAUCCUUGCUACAAUAGUUUUAACUUAUAUUCUUCUCUCGUUUAAUUUAUAAUAAAAAUUCACGCCAAA